ACGGUAGCGACUAUCGCUAUAGCUAGCGCUAGCUGCACAUGUUGCUGAUGCUGCUCCGUGCACUACUGCUGCCCCGUAACGAGAUUGGCACCAGGUGCAGACGUCCGAGUGAAGAGGAGGCUUUCUUCCUGCAUCUGCCCUCCCUCCCCCCACCUCCCACGCCACCCACCACCCGCAUAGACGCGAGCGUGUAGUACACCCGUGUAUACGCGCGGUGAGUGCAGGCGGUCAGUUCCGUGCUUCUGCUGCUGUUGUAUAUCUACUAUUGCUGGAGGAAUAGUCGGUGGUUGUCCACGCGGAUAUGUGAAGGAGGAUUCCUCUACUGUUACAGAAAGAUGUGAAGGAAGGAUCUUCUACUAGCUGUUACCGUGUGUAUAAGAAUAUCCUCGUCCGUGCGAAUCUUCUAGUGAAUGCGUGAAUGAGAAGGCAAGCCACCACGUGAGUCUUCCUCUUCUACCAGCUGAGGUGCAGGAGGAGGAGGAGGAGGAGGGGAGGAAGAAGAAGAGGAGCAGGAAGAGGAGGAGGGGAGUGGGAGGAGGAGGAGGAGGAGGAGGAUAUGUGGUUACGGCAGCGGACGUCACGGGCGGCGCAGGCGCUGGCCCUUCUGUCGUCGGCCGCCCUCCUCUGGUGCCUCGUCCAGCAACGCGGCAACGUCGGCUCGGCAGUCGCCGACAACAGUAACUCUGCAUUGUCGCCAAACUCGGUCGCCGACGCCGACGUGCUGCUAGCUGCCGACGACUUCUAUCCGCGUUUUCGACAGUUUAAACUGCAGGAGAACAACGCAGCGCGAGCGGACGGCGACGACCGACGGGACGAUGAGCAACACCUGGCGGUGAAACCCGCCGUGGCGACGACGGCGGCCGACGUUUCUCGGGUAGCGAGUGACGUGAAGCCGUGGCAACGGAUAGCUGGACUAGAGACGAUAUUUCUGUCCGUGAAGACGACGGGUCGCUAUCAUCGGCAGAGGCUGGGAAUCAUAUUGGACACGUGGUUCACACUCGCAGACGAACAGACGUAUUUCUUCACCGACGAGGAUGACGUAGAGGUCAACGAGAAAGCUCGGGGUCAUCUCAUCAACACCAAUUGCUCGGCGAGUCACCUACCACGUGACCUGUGCUGCAAGAUGUCCGCCGAGUAUGACGCGUUCAUGGAGUCCGAGAAAAAGUGGUUCUGUCACUUUGACGACGACAACUACGUGAACGUUGCUAGUCUAGCUCGCUUCCUCUCGCGGAUGGAUCCACGGGAGGAUCUAUAUCUCGGUCGGCCGUCGCUGUCGCGCAAGCUGGAUCUCGGAUCGUGGCGACGCGAGGACCGAGCCUCGUUCUGGUUCGCGACAGGUGGCGCUGGCUUCUGCCUGAGUCGCUCGCUGGCGCUGAAGAUGCGACCGUACGCCAGAGCAUCUACUGAAGCAAGAAUACCUGACCGAAGGUUUACGAAAUUGCCAUUGCAUCUGGAGCAGGCUUAGACAGAAAACUGCAAUAACAGACACUCUUCACGACAAUUGUCGUUUAGCUACGGAGUUCUGAACAAGCGAGUGAACGCGGUGGAUGUGUUUAACUAUACGGUUGCCGACGACCCGACACGGUUUAAGGCGCUGCACUGCCAUCUCUACCCGCGGGCAUCCUUGAGUUGUCCUUGGUUGCCAUGACAGCAGUGAUGUGGGGGGGGGGGCUUAAACACAAGCGAGCAAUUAGAGAAACAACAACACAACACUCCGUGCGAGAUAUUUUUGCGAUAGAAAUUGCUCACGUAAUAUAUACUCUCUCGCGUUCUCUCUCUCUUUCUCUCUCUCUCUCUCUCUCUCUCUCUCUCUCUCU